CCGCCAUGUUCAGGAAUCAGUACGAUACCGAUGUCACUACAUGGUCGCCUCAGGGUCGCAUACACCAGGUGGAGUACGCUAUGGAAGCCGUCAAGCAGGGAUCCGCAUGUGUUGGAGUGAAAUCCAAGACACAUGCUGUCUUGACAGCAUUGAAACGCUCAACGAAUGAUAUGUCUAGUUAUCAGAAGAAAAUUUUCAAGGUUGACGAGCACAUGGGGAUUGCUAUUUCGGGCCUCACUGCUGAUGCACGAUCUCUUUGCAUGUACAUGCGAACAGAAUGCUUGCAGCACAAGUAUGUGUACGAGUCUCCAGUCCCUGUUCAGCGCCUUGUCAUUGAUAUUGCCGACAAAUGCCAGGGUUGCACCCAGAGUGCGUCUGCCAGGCCUUAUGGCGUGGGCUUGCUGGUGGCCGGAAUGGAUCAGACUGGACCACAUGUUUACUACAAUUGCCCUUCUGGAAACUACUACGAAUACAAAGCAAUGACAAUUGGUGCUCGUUCACAGGCCGCAAAAACCUACCUCGAAAAGCAUUUUGCUUCAUUUGAAAACUUAGAGCUCAAGGACCUAGUGAAACAUGCACUUACUGCUCUGAAAGAGACCUCCCAAAAUGGCGACAUUAAUGCCAAGAAUGCAUCCGUUGCUAUUGUUGGUAUCGACCAUCCAUUCACGACGUAUGAUGAGGAGAACGUGCAGCAGUUCAUUGAUUUGCUGGACAAGGAUGAGAUUUCCGAAGGAGCCACCAAGACAGAGACAGAUACAGCUAUGCAGGAGUGAGCACGGGAGAUGCAAUGCAAAUCUCUUUAGUUUUCCAUUAUUUUCGCAUUUAUGGGAUCUAUAAGUCGUCAUGGCUUGUCGAGGGAUUUCUAAGGGGCAUAAGCAAUGGAAUGGCUUCUUGGAUGUUGCAAGUGGAAAAUAGGUGAUUGAUUGUGCGGUCAACUUUUGAAUGAAGUGUUCUGGUGUAAGAACCAAGAAAAUUCGAUAUUUGUGUGUGCUUAGCCCAAUGUAUUUCAGUUCUUCCGUACAUGUCGUUCUUCAUUUUCUCAGUCUUAUCCAUGAGAAGGGAUAACGUGGAAGAAAUGAAAGACUUCAUCCUCAUCCAUUACGCCGAUCUCAGCCGAACAUGUCUUGCAGCGAACGGGAUGUACGUAGGAAUCUGGAAGUCCUUUCUUGUCCUUGAUCCGCAACCGUUCACCCUU